UCGAACGUCCCGGCUUUUCUUGCUUUCUCGCUGGGCACACACCUCUUACGUCAAGUCAAGGUGGCUCUCUCAACUCCUGAGCCGUUGCAAGUCAAUCUCCUGAGUUUCGCUCGCGCGUAGACUGCCCGUCACCAACCGUCAUUCUCAGAAUUAUCGGCACAAAAGCAAUUUGCCGAGAUGGUGUCUCAAACAACAGCAGCUGCCGAGUGCAUCUCGGAUGAUGCCCUCAUCCACCUCAAGUCUUACCAGUACUCGGCUGUCGACAAGUCGCCUGUGUCGUACUACAUCCUGCGCCCAUACUGGAAUGCUUUCGUCGAGCUCAUGCCCAUGUGGGUGGCCCCCAACAUGGUCACCCUGAUAGGAUUCAUGUUCAUCCUCGGAAACAUUGGGCUUCUGGUCAUCUUCAUGCCGGACUUGGUUGGACCUGGACCAUCAUGGCUUUACUUCAGUUUCGCGUUUGGCCUCUUCAUGUAUCAGACAAUGGACAACAUCGAUGGCAAGCAGGCCAGGCGGACAGGCACUUCAAGUGGGCUCGGCGAGCUUUUCGAUCACGGCAUUGACUCGCUAAACUGUACCUUGGCCAGUCUGCUUGAGACGGCCGCCAUGGGUCUCGGCACUUCCAAGCUCGGCGUCUUCACUGCUCUAUGCCCUUGUCUUCCCAUGUUUUUCAGCACAUGGGAGACAUACCAUACACACACCUUGUAUCUGGGCUACUUCAAUGGACCGACAGAGGGUCUUCUCAUCGCGUGUGCCGUGAUGGCGCUCUCCGGUAUCUACGGGCCCGACAUGUGGUCUGAGCCGAUCCUCCACUUCCUCAGCGAGAAGAACCCCUAUGCGUACAACCUGCUCGGCAAGGAAGGUCGCGAAUUCUUGGGCGACAUUAGCAUCACCGAUCUCUGGGUCAUCAUCAUUGCUGGCUCCCUCUUCACCCUUCACGUCCCGUUCUGUGUCUUGAACGUUGCCAAGGCCCGACGGGCCAAGGGGCUGCCAGUCAUGCCCGUCUUCCUCGAAUGGAUUCCCAUGGCCAUCUACACUUUCAGCAUUGCCGCUUGGGUCUACUCGCCAUACUCGACACUUAUGCGGGAGAAUCAUCUCGUCCUCUUGUGCUUGACGCUCAGUCUUGUCUUCGGUAGGCUGACUACAAAGAUGAUCCUCGCUCACCUGACGCGCCAACCUUUCCCAUAUUGGACCGUCAUGCUAUUCCCACUCGUCGGUGGCGCCAUUAUUGGCAACUUGCCUCGUUUCGGCUUCAAGGCCGUCACGCCAGAAGUCGAGUUGUACUAUCUCUGGGGAUACUUUGUUUUCGCCUUCAUCGUCUACUCCCGCUGGGCCUACCUAGUUGUCACCAGCAUCUGCAAUUUCUUGGGAAUCAACGCGCUCACGAUCCCUCUUGCCAAGCAGGAGGAGAAUAGGCGGAAGCUGGCUGAGGCAAAUGGCAAGAAGACACAAUGAGCCUGUAUCGUUCUUGGUUAUGACAGGAUGGAUCGGGGGGGCGUGCGCGUGUGCGUCAGCUUGCAGCGUGGUAGCGUCUCCCCAACCGGAUACACCAUUGUAUAUAUACUGAGUAGCGUCGUUGUUGAUCGUUUUCAGACAACGGAAGAGGUGGUUUCCCCGAGGUUUAAUCCGGUCAUUGAAGCUCAAUACUUCACCCUCGGAAGGGAUGCGAAGAAACGUCAAAAUGUUUUCAGGCGGCAAGGCGUUCCGGGAAGAGCAUGUGGGGGUGCGAUAAUAGCUUCAUGGCGUAUGCUCAUAGAAAAUGGCAUUGAUCAAGGCGGGGCAAGGCAAGAUCGAAUUCAACAUGGACAUACAGCAGCGGCCGCUGGGACGGUGGCUGUGGUGGCUCGCGGGUGGACACUGGCAGGAAGUUGCUUCAACAAGUUAUAAUAAUGCACCAUGGAAUGUCUGAGCGAAUAUUAGGCUUGUUCUCAGACCUGCGUCACUU